AUGUAUCGAUUUUAUCUUUUAUUAUUGAUCGGAAGUCUAUGGUGUUUUACGUUUGCUGAUGCUAAACGACGAGCUACAUCUCAAUCACAACAUAAUUUAGGUGAUUUUUGUAUGCCAGGUACAUGUGCUAGUUUAAAUUCAAAUUGUAAACGUAUUGGUGGAAAUGCAUUUCGAUGUGUUUGUAAAGAACAAUAUAUGGCUAUAAAUAAAACUCAUUGUGUGCGAGUUAUCAAUGCAUCUGUUGAUGAAGCUUGUGGAUCAUGCAUUAAACGUAAUGGUAUUUGUUUGGAUGAAAAUUCCGAUGAUCGUAUGGAAAAAUGUUUUUGUCCAACUGAUAAUGAUUUAUGUAAUGAUAAAGCAACUACAACUUAUCUUCCACCGAUAACACAAUCAUUAAGAAAAAAUAUACCAGGAAUGACACAAUCAUUAACAGGUCGAAUAUCUAAACAAGGUGAUCUUGUGCUUAGUUUAUAUGAUAUUAAUCAACAACGAAUAAUUGAUAAUGGUGGUUCAGUUUUUAUUGGUGAUCGUUUAUUUAUUGAAAUAAAAUAUCGAACAAAUGAUCAUAAUUCUGAUCGUCAUCAAAUAAUUGCAGAAAAUUGUUCAAUUGCUUCAAGUGUUUCUGAUAAUGAAAUCAAAUUAGAAAAAAUUCAAUUAUUAACAAAUCGUUGUCCAACAUUAGAUUCACGUUUAUCUAUACGUUUUCAACGUAUUGAUCCAUAUCAUUUGAAAAGUACGAUUUUUCCAAUAAAUAAAUUUCAAACAACAUCAAUUGUUUAUUUACGAUGUUCAAUUGCAAUUUGUUUUGGACAAGUUGAAAAAUGUGUUGAACGUUUAUGUCCUGUUGCUGGACGAACAUCAUCACAACGAUUAAAUAGUUCAUCCAUAGCUCCAUUUGAUUAUGUUGAUGAAGAUAAUGCACGUAUUGUUUCAUUAAAACAACGACGACAACUUUCGGGUGAUGAUGAUGAUGAUCAACAGAGAAAAUUUACAAGAUUAAUAACUGAUUUAACAAAUUCAUUUGAUACAGUUCGUAAUCAUUAUGAAAUACGACAAAUACAACAACAAUUUUCUAUUGAAAUACCACUACCACAACCAACAAAUAAACGCAACGGAGCUUAUGAAACACUCUAUGGUCGCACAUCAUUAGCUAGUCAAGGUGCUGUUGAACGAUCCACUGUUAUUGCUGCUAUAUCAAUUAUAUUUAUUAUUGGUAUAUCCGUUUCAUUAUUUAUUAUUUAUCGAACAUGUUAUGUUGAAUAUGUACAAAAAAUCUAUGGUUCACCAUCACUUGCUGGUUUUAUUAAUAGUCCAGAAUCGAUUUAUGGAGGUUUAAGAAGUACAUCACAAGUUUGUCGAUAUGAUAUGGGACGUCGAUCAGAACAACGUUUUGAUGAGAGUUUUUUUGUUAGUAAUGUUGAACCAUUAGGAGCUUAUCGAAGACAAUAUUAA